CGUGUUAAUUGCUGCCGGAGACGGCCGUUUUCCGUCUCUCUUGCCGUCUCCCGGCUCCCCGUUAGCAUGGAAGGGGCGGCGCUUCCCAGCGAGACAAUGCCAGCGGAGCGGCUGCGGCUCCAGUCCCGGCUCCCCGGCCGCCGCCGCCGCCACCACGUGGUCUGGCGCUGGCGAGAGACCUUGAGCCUUGCUUCCUGUGCGCCUGAUCGGAGCGGGCACUGCCUUCCGUUCCCUGGCGGAGUCGGAGCCUGGCGGACGGGAGAAGGAGUCGUCCUUGGCCGAAGAUCCGAGCAGAUGGGGAAAUAAGGUGGACCAAAGCUGCCUAGUCAGCUCGUGCUUGGGUGUGGAUCUGAAUGAAGACCGCAUGCGCUUUAACCUGUGCCAAGGAAAACAGAAGUGCAGGUGGGACACUGCCUGAUCUCAGACUGCAGGCCAGUCCGGCUGUGGGUGAUGCUGGCCCAUCGUGUCCAGUUACCGAGGCUGAACAAAGGAUAAAAUAAAGGAGACCAGUUUUUACUCUUGAAAGCUUGCACAAUCUUUUGCAGCAUUUUGGACUUCUGUGCAUUAGUUUGCAUGUGGAGAUUCCAUGUUUCUAAGGAUUCCUCUUCCAGUCAGGAACUCAAAUAAGAAGCAAGCAGCUUGUUCAGCUGAGCACAGACCUGAAUCCAAAUCUUGAAUCCAGUCCUCCUGCCCUCCCCACUCCACAACCCAGCACUAUUCUAGUCACACUUUGGCUGUGCGCACUGGCUCUCCCUGUUUUAGGAAGAGAACUUAAAAGGCCUCAGUGCUUUGGCCCUGUGCCUGCCUGUGUCUGAGCAGGACAUAAGACGCUACAGCUUGUCUUCAUUUCAGCUCAUUGUGAAGGCUGAAGAAGUGUCCUGAGCUGCGAGGACACAUUCUUCUGGCACACCUGGCUCCUGUUGCAGAAGAUUAGAGGUGGUUGUGAUGAGGAAAUCAGGAAGCUGUGGGAAAGCAAAUAGGUAGGAACAGCAGCCACAUGAAAGCUGGUUUGAAAGAUGCUUCCAGAAGCAAGAAAGCAAGCAAACGAAAACAAGAAUAUUUGAACUUAAGGGGAAAAAGUCUCAACCUUCCUUCAUCAUGAAAAUCCUUAGCAAAGCUUUUGGACACUGAUGAAUGCUGGGAUUUUUCUGGAACCAAAACGACUGGCAACAGAAGCUUCCGUGGACUAGAGAUUGCUCGGUUAGAUGCAUGAUCCAAGUGACCAGUUGCAAGAGCAGAUUCACGCAUCGCAGCCUGUACUCGGCCACUUGGUUUUAGCCCCUGCGGAGAGACAGUGCUUGUCCGACAAUGGGAGAGCGACCUUCCACCGCACUUCUUGCUCUUUUCCAUUCCAGUUCCUAUCUGCUGUGCUUACAUUUCAUAUCACGAAGUUUUAUACAAUAGGUUUGCCUAUUAUGAGAUUUUUAAUUCAGUAAUAUUGAAUUCAAAGACAUUUUAAAUACCUUUUGCGGAUAGGUUUUUUUUCAAUUUUGCAAAGAAAGCUGGUCAAUUUGUAGACGAUAAAGAAGAACUAUACCUACUGGGGAGGAAAGAUUUUCAUGGACGUCUUGCCACAACCAAGAAUCACUGGCAUAAAGAAGCAGUAUCCCUGUCCUGAGUGUGGGAGAAAUUUCAAGCGGAACUCACACCUCAUUCGGCACAAGCGGCUCCACACGGGGGAGAAACCCUACAAAUGUCCUGACUGUGGCAAAAGCUUCCGGCAGAGCACUGACGUGAACACGCAUCGGAGGAUCCACACAGGGGAGACACCCUAUCACUGCAACCAGUGUGGGAAGAGCUUUCGCUAUAGAACAGGCCUUGUGAAACAUUUGCGGUGCCAUGAAGAAGAGAAACCCCACAGUUGCCUGGACUGUGGGAAAACUUUCGGCCACAGCCUGGUCACAGGCAUCCGCCAGAGAUGUCUGGUGGGGGAGCAAUCUUACAAGUGCCCUGACUGUGUCAAAAAAUGUGAGAACUCAAAUCUUGUGGUACAUCUGACAGUUCCUGUGACGGAGGAACCCUAUGGAUGCCCUGACUGCGGAAAAGGCUUUGGCGGCAGCUUUCAAAUUAUUAGACACAGACGUCUCCAUACCAGAUUUCAGCUUCCUAACCCCACUACUCUCUGCAGCCUAGACCUGGAUGUGAGUCCUUUGCUCUCGGAUCACCUGGAUGCGGAAGAAGGAGAGAAUCCAGGAAGGUUUUGUGAAGCCUGCGAUCACAUUGUGGCGAAGAACCAUGGUGAGGAGGAGACCUUUACGCCUGCAAAAUCUUAUAGGACUUUAUUGGGAAGACUCCAAGGGCUCAGUUCCCAAAGCCACACAGCCUAUAAGGAGAGACUGGACUUUGAAAGGUGGCAGUGCAAACGGCCGGGAUUAGCGGGGGGCGAAUUCCCCAUGAACGAGAGAGAGAACCCGCCUGGGUGCGAGCGGCUGUUCUGCUCGGAGAGGAGGCACCUGUGCUUCAUGUGUGGGAAAAGGUUCCGCUUCGAGUCCCACCUCAUCACGCAUGAGAGGAUCCACACGGGGGAGAAGCCCUUUCAGUGCAGCACGUGCAAGAAAAGCUUCCGGGACAGGUCCGAUCUGAGCAAGCACCAGAAAAUCCACUCUGGGGAGAAGCCCUACAAGUGUCUGGACUGUGGCAAAAGCUUUCACCAUCAGCUGACUUUCAUCAGGCAUCAGAGGCUUCAUCCCAGAGAGAGAGCCUGUGAACAGGGCAAUGUGUAUUUAGCAAUUCUGCCAUCAUUGCACACAGGUACCGAAGUUACCCCUGGGGGCGAAACCAAGCCAUCUGAGACUCUGGGCUACAAUUUCAAACAAAAAGAUCCUAGUUCUCUGUGGACACUGGAACUGGCAGAAGGGACAAAGGUAUAUUUGGCUCCCACCUAGAAGGUAAGCGGUGAGGAAGCGGAUCUAAGGGGCGAUUCGUCCGACAGGCCCUUCAAGGGGCCAAGAAGAGGCUGGAACCAGCUUUCCCUUUGUUCUCCUGGGGGCUCCGUCAUCAGAGGCUGGUCUGAUGGUGCUUUGGGAGGGGGCGGCAUCCUUUGCUCAUCCCAUUUGGAGAGGCUUACACUGCACUCAGCGCCCAACUUUCAAUCAGUCGGUUGAACAGGCAAGUCGACUUGUUUGUGCUUUGUUUUGUUAUUGAGACCCUUUUGGUUUUGCUGCGAGAAAAGCUGUGAAGGUUCCGAUAUGAAGGGCAGCCCUGCGUGAGUGGCAACUGAUCCGUCAGGUCCUCGCCUCAGUGCUGCUGCGGAUUCGGCCGCGAUGUGACCAGAAGGUGCAUGGAAGGGUCAGGCCGGCCCAGUCUGGAAUAGAGAAACCUGCUCACACCGAUCUUGACAGCAGGGGGCAGUGCUGUGCUCGUUUGAAAACAGACUUGGCAGGGCUGGCCGUGCCCGCAAGAUCACUGUAUCUGUAGUUAUAUAAAAAUAACUAUUUAAAAAAAAAACACUUCCCAAUUAAUCAGAGAAGAUCGAUGUUUUCUUUUAAUCAAAGCUUUGUAAUGCCCAAAGCCUUAAAAAUCCUCUAUCUAUGAUAAAGCGAUCAUUACGGUGUGUCGGACUGGGAUAUAUUGCCUACAAUUAACCGUGUGCAUCCAGUGAGGAGCCCCUGGCUCCCCAGAUGUUGUUGCACGGUCUCUCCUGUCGUCUUGGAUUAUUGGUCAAAUGGCUGCAGCUGAUGGAUGUUGGAGGGCCUUGGCUGGAUUCCUCAGCCCUGCGACACACUCAGUAUGCCUUCGACUCCAGUGGGACAGACUCCUAGGUGAGUGUGCAUGAGGCUGCAGCCUGAAUGAGCUACUGACACUGUUAAAAGUUGAGGAAGGAGGGAAAAUUAGCAGAGCAUUUAAUCAAAGAUUGUUAUUAUGUUCUGGAAUAAUGUUCAGCCCUCUUCAUUUCUAAAAAUGAGAGAGAAAAAAAUGCAUUUUGAAUUUGAGCCUGGAAUACCAAAGUAAAUCUUUCUCAAGAAGGUUCUUACUGAUCACUUGGCUACAGGUAGCCGUAUCUGUUUUCUGUUCCUAAUGCUAAGGCCCUUCCUACAUAUCACAACUCCAGUCACUUGUGGAUUUUCUCCCUUUGCUCCAUAGGUGACAAACAGUGAUUUUUAGCACAGUUGUCACAAGACGUCCAACCAAAUGCUGUUGAAGGGAUCCCAAGGAACCGUAUUCCGAGAUCUGCACCUGGGAAGCAUUGCAGGGGGAGAAAUUUGAGAGGCCAUGCGAGCGAUGGAGCUUUCUAUCAAGUGUGCAUCCCUGCAGAGGGAGAGAGCAGCUUUGCAUCCGUCAGGGGCUUGACCCUUGUGGCAAUUUGGAGGUCAUCCUGUCCAGGAACAAGUUCCAGGCUCCAAAUGGCAGAGGCAGCUUUGUUUGCUGUUCUUGCUUUAUUACACACUGAUGAUUCUAUGAGAAGCACAGCCAAAGGACAGGUAUUAAGAGCAGAUACUAUGCGAAGCUCAAAUGUUAUGCUGCAAAAUCAUCUCUAAGCACGAACAGUCCAAGCAACUUUAUCGUCUCCUCCGAAGAUACGUUGUGGAAGAGCCCCAGGUGCUCUUGCUGUCGGACUAACUUCUUCCAGCAUGCAAGCCCUAGUUUAUGUCAAAGAAGCCAUGCCCUACGGGGAAUCCUGAGAUGCAGAAUGUUUCCCGUUUACUGGAAGAAGAUUAUGAGUGCUCUGAGCAGGGAUGCGCUGUCUUGCAAAUCAUCCCAACACCAUCAAGACCGCUGGGAAGAGGAGCCACAGAAAUUCACUCUGUGUGUAAAAGGUAUGCUGAAAGGAGCUUGCCUCUGGCUGAAUGUUAGAGUGAUCGGGUGCACUCAGUGGAUGACUCCGCAGAAGCCAGGCAGUACCACGCGUCUAAACAGACAAGUUGCCCCUGCUCUUUCAGUGGAAAGGUAGUCACAGGGGAAAAAACCUGCUUUCUUGGGGCAAGGUCAUCUACAACCCUGUACUAAAAAAAGGAAAGGAAAAAGCACAGUGCCGCAAUUGCAUUCAGUGCCACUCAUGCAAGUCGUAUGUUUGCAUACACUGAAACUGUGUAGGCUCUUCGAGAAGGGAAGCAGCUUGCAGGGCAUCUAGCCUGAUUCCCUGCACCCACAAUUUUGCUUUUAUUGAAGAGCAUAAUAUGAGAGCAGCCCUACUGGACCCAAUCUAGUUCAGUGUCUUUUUCUCCCAAUAGGAAUCAGUCUGAUAUUUUUUGAAGCACACAAGCUGGCUGUGAAGGCAAGUCAGUUAUCUUUCCCUGCAUCAUUCACAAAUUAAGUUCAUUUACUGUUUCUUUUAAAGCAAUCUAAUGUUAGUAGCCAACACAGUUUCCUUUACCACUAAAACAGCCUGCCCCAUCCUGGUGCUCAAAAUAGCAGUCCAAAACACCUGGAAAGCCCCAAGUUGGGGAAGGCUGAUUUAAAACUUACCCAUCUAGUAUCUUCUAGAACAAGGAAAUACAUGCAGAGGAAAACCUCGAGCCAAGUCACUGAAUGUCAUUUGUUUGAGAAAAGGUGACAUGUUUGAACAAACUAGCUUUUAAGUUUUUAAAACAUUCUUACAACAUCCUGUCAGUUGGAUUGCUAUCAGAUUGUUGAGUGUGGUACAAGAUGCAAGGUGUAAAUUUGGUAAGUUAAAACACGAUGUUGCUUUUAAAAAGGCCGCACUUUUCUUUGCUGCGUCUGCAUAGAUCACUCCCCAGCCCUUGCUACCCACACUGGCUUGGAUAUAAUUCCAGCACACUUCAAGCAUGCCUGGGGUCUGGAGAUCAUGCAGCCCACCUGUCAUAAGAAACCAAGGACAUUGCUUUAUGUUGGCUCAGAUGGGUUCCCUGUUAGCCCAGUAUUGUCUACUGUAACUAGCAGAGGCUUUGCAGGGCUCCCACAUGGAGCUCUUUCCUGCUACGUAAUCCUUUAAGCUGGAAAUAUCAGUAAAGGUAAAGGUAAAGGUUUCCCCUUGACAUUAAGUCCAGUCAUGCCUGACUCUAGGGGGCGGUGCUCAUCUCCGUUUCCUAGCUGAGGGAGCCAGCGUUUGUCCGCAGACCGUC